AUGCCUGCAUCCGACGCUCUUCAACCGCCUCUGACGCCGGCUGAGCGGACGAUUGUCAAGUCGUACGGUGGUUGGACGGGCUUUAUGCAGUCGUACGGUCUCAAGCCAUGGGACGAAGCCGAUGCGCAGGAGGGCAAGCAGAUCCUCGAGGCUAUGGUCGAUGCGGACGACAAGGAAAACUAA